AUGGCUGAGCUUCGUCCAAUCCACCAGAGAUCUACUGUCACCUCUUGCCUACGCAAAAUCAAAGCCCAUACCCCUGACUCCGCUCAACUUCUCGGCCUCUUGGCUCUCUUCAUUUUCGCUUCUAUCCUUAUAAUCCUCACUGGCCUUACCGUCACCGCCACCAUUCUUGGUUUCAUAUUUUUUAUGCCAUUGAUCUUGGUUUCUAGCCCCGUAUGGUUCCCAGUUGGCACCGUGCUUUUUGUUACCAUUGCUGGCUUCUUAUCAGCAUGCAGCUUUGGAGCUGUUGCCGUGGCGGGGUUGUCUUGGACGUACCGUUACUUCAAUGGCAUGCUCCCAGCAAGGUCCGAUAAGGUUGCCAAUGUGCGGAGACGAAUAUAUAACACGAACACCUAUGUGAAGCACUAUGCUAUGGAAUAUGGUGUGAAGAUGAUCGCGUAA